CUAAGAGUCUCUGCAUCAAUGGAUUUACGCAAGCAAGUCUGGAGUGCCUGGCCACUGUUGUUCUUGGUGCUCCUGGCCAGGGGGAAGAUAACAUGGGAGGUCCCGCGCUUUGACGGCUGGUAUAACAGUCUGGGAUAUCCCAGACGAGGAUCUGUGGGUUCUCACCUCUUGCGCUUCGUGCCUGCGCAGUACCAAGACGGAGUCUACCAAGCGCUCCAAGAGCCGGCCUUACCCAAUCCUCGGAAGUUGAGCCGCCUGUUGACCAAUGGUCCCUCUGGUCUACCAUCCGCUCGCAACCAAACAGUUCUUUCUCUGUUUUUUGGUUACCAUGUUGUCUUUGAAGUCAGCAACUCUAGAACUCCCGGAUGUCCACCUGAAUUCCUGAACAUCCCAGUGCCUAACGGGGACCCUGUAUUUGACCCAAGUAAUACUGGAAAGGUCCUUCUGCCCUUCCAGAGAGGUCCAUGGGACAAGGAGUCAGGCCAGAGUCCCAGUAACCCCCGGACGCCGGUAAACUUGGUGACAGCAUGGAUUGAUGGCAGCUCCAUCUACGGCCCUUCCACUUCAUGGUCAGACUCUCUAAGGAGCUUCUCUGGAGGGCUCUUGACUUCAGGGUCCGAGUGGGACAUGCCGAAGCUGUUUUCAGGACACAGUCUUAUGUGGAGUGCUGCUGAUCCUACAACAGGGGAUCAUGGACCCCAAGACCUCUACGAGUUAGGAAAUGCUUGGGCCAAUGAGAACGUGUUCACAGCUGCUGAGGCGAUAAUCUGGUUUCGCUACCACAAUUAUGUCGCCUCCAAGCUGCAUGAGGAACACCCACAGUGGUCGGACGAGAGGCUGUUUCAAAACGCCAGGAAGGUCGCUGUGGCCACGUUCCAGAAUAUCGCUCUAUACGAAUGGCUUCCCAGUUACAUCGGCAGAACACUCCCCCCUUACCCAGGUUACCAGCAGUUUGUUGAUCCAGGAAUCUCCCCUGAGUUUCAGGCUGCCGCUAUCAGAUUAGGAAUCACUAUGGCACCACCUGGUGUUUAUAUGAGAAACAAAAGCUGCCAUUUUAGGGAGGUUGUUAACAUAGGUGGGAGCUCAUCUCCAGCGCUACGUCUUUGCAACAGCUUCUGGAAACGUCAGAAAACUCGGGGGCAGACAAGCCAGGAUGUAGAUGACCUCCUUUUGGGCAUGGCUUCUCAGAUUGCAGAAAAAACAGACAACAUUGUUGUGGAAGACUUGACAGACUUCAUGUACGGGCCAAUGCGGUUCAGUCGCACAGAUUUGGUUGCAGUGACUGUUCAACGAGGACGAGAGUUUGGUCUCCAAAGUUAUUCCGAGGUCAGAAAAGCUCUGGACCUUCCCCCCAUCAAUUACUUUGAAGAGAUAAAUCCUGUGCUCAAUGCCACUAAUCCACAGUUGAUCCAGAAGAUUGCAGAGCUGUACAAUGGGGACCUCAGGAAGCUGGAGCUUUUCCCCGGUGGACUGCUUGAGUGCCAAGAUGGUCCAGGCCCAGUUUUCUCUGCCAUGAUAUUAGACCAGUUUGAACGCAUCAGGAACGGAGACCGCUUCUGGUUUGAAAAUAAGAAAAAUGGGCUGUUUACAGAGGAGGAGAUCCAGCUCAUUCGCAACGUGACGUUUCAUGAUGUUCUUGUCGCAGUCACGAGCGCAGAGCCCGGGGAUCUGCAGAAGGAUGUCUUUUUCUGGAGAAAUGAUGACCCCUGUCCUCAACCCACCCAGCUGAAAGCAGCGAUGCUCCACCCCUGCACUAAUGCCACCAAACUUAAUUACUUUGAUGGGAGCCGAGCUGGCUUUGGGUUAUUUAUCACCGUCCUGUUCCUCUUUCCUCUUGUGAGUUUGCUAGUGGCCUGUCUGGUGGCUCAUCUCCGCAAACAUAGGUACAAGAAAUUCCAGACAAGGCGACUAGAUGUUGGCAGAACACAGAAGGCAGUGUCUGGAGUCACCGCCUAUGAGUGGCAGGGCCAUAAAAAACCUCUGCAUGCUGUCAGCGUGGAGGUCGAUGAGAAGAGACGGCUGCAGAUCUUUGACAGAUCGGGUCCCUCUCUCCGCUGUCUCAAUCUGGGCAACCAGGACUACGUGGACAUCCAUCUCUCGAACGACCGCAGUCAGAAGGCUUUGCUGCUCAAACUACCAAAGGAGUAUGACUUGGUGCUGUUUUUUGAUGAUGAGAACAAACGAGCCCUGUUUCUCAAGUGUCUGCGCCUGGAGGUGAUACACAUCAGGCAGCAGAUCAGAGUCAGGGAGGUGGGAGAGAAGGAACUCCUCCGGGAGGCUUUGACCAGAGAGCAAAGAGCUGAGAUUGUUGAAACGUUUAUUCGACAGGCUUUCUCCAAGGUUUUGGAAAUUGAAAAGUCUGAUGCUGGAGACUUGAGUGGAAUUUCGUUUAAGAAAACCCGUGAGGUUCUGCAGUGUGAACUGACCGCAGUGGAGUUUGCUGAUGUACUGGGCCUCAAACCCGACUCCUUAUUCGUCGACUCCAUGUUCACCCUGGCUGAUAAAGACGGAAAUGGCUACCUCUCCUUUCAAGAGUUCCUUGAUGUGAUGGUUAUUUUUAUGAAAGGUUCUCCCGAGGAAAAGUCAAAGUUGAUGUUCUCCAUGAAUGAUGUUGGUGGAACUGGUUACUUGUCGAGAGAGGAAUUUGCUAGGAUGCUCAGGUCGUUCAUUGAAAUCUCCAACGGGGCCCUUUCCAAGAAGCAGGCCGAAGACGGCAUUAAAGCCAUGAUGCAGGCUGCGGACUUCAACGAGAACAGGAAGAUUUCGUGGGAGGAUUUUCACUUUCUCCUGCGAGACCAUGAAAAAGAGCUGCAGUUUGCACAGCUGAAUGUUAAAGGGAUGGAGAAACAAGGACGAAAACGUUUCAGUCGGGACCAAAGAGUUUCCUUCAUCUCUCCAGCAAACAGCUGCAACAGAGAAGGACAGGACUUACGCAGGCGAAAAAAGGGUGAUGUCGUCUCUCCAAAUGUCUAUGUGAAGCCAAAACGUGAGCCAUUCAUCAGACACCCAGUCCAGCAGAAGAUUCAGCAGUUCAAGCGCUUCAUAGAGAACUACCGCCGUCACAUCAUCUGUUUUGUUGUGGUGUACGGCAUUACAGCAGGCGUGGCUCUCGAAAGAUGUUAUUACUACGGCAUGCAGGCUGGAUCCUCCGGUAUCCCAGGGACCUCAGCAGUGGGGAUCAUCGUCUCCCGCAGCUCUGCUGCCGCCAUCUCCUUCCUCUUUCCCUACAUGCUCCUGACAGUGUGUCGCAACCUCAUCACUCUUUGUCGUGAGACCUUCCUCAACAAAUACAUCCCGUUUGAUGCAGCUAUAGAUUUCCACCGCAUCAUGGCGAUGACUGCUAUUGUCCUCUCUGUUCUCCACAGUUUGGGUCACGUCGUCAACAUCUACAUCUUUUCCAUCAGUGACCUCAACAUUCUUUCCUGCUUGUUUCCCCAUGUUUUGACCAACAACGGGUCAGAACUCCCUCUUAAGUGGACUUGGUGGUUCUUUGAAACUGUGCCAGGAACCACUGGUAUUCUGCUUCUCCUCACUCUGUCCUUCAUGUACGUUUUUGCUUCACGCUAUUUCCGCCGCAUCAGUUUCCGUGGUUUUUGGAUCACACAUUACCUGUACGUUGCUGUGUACGUUUUGACAGUUAUUCAUGGAAGUUUCGCCCUACUUCAAGAGCCCACUUUUUAUAUCUUUCUCAUACCACCGGCGCUGCUGUUCCUGCUUGACAAACUGAUCAGUCUGAGCAGGAAGAAGGUGGAGAUCCCGGUGGUCAGAGCGGAGCUGCUUCCAUCAGGUGUGACACAUCUGGAAUUCAAGCGACCACAGGGCUUUGUUUAUCGUUCUGGCCAGUGGGUUCGCAUCGCAUGCCUCAUGUUGGGCACAGAUGAGUACCAUCCAUUCACGCUCACAUCUGCACCACACGAAGAAACGCUCAGCCUGCAUAUCCGUGCGGUGGGGCCGUGGACGACCCGACUUAGGGAGCUGUACAGUGAAGAAAGCCUCCUGGAGCUGGGGGACUAUCCAAAGCUCUACUUGGAUGGGCCGUUUGGGGAGGGACACCAAGAAUGGAUCGACUACGAAGUGUCUGUUCUGGUGGGAGGAGGUAUUGGUGUGACUCCAUUCGCUUCCAUCUUGAAGGAUCUGGUGUUCAAGUCAUCCAUUAAGUCCAAGAUACAAUGCAAGAAGGUUUACUUCAUCUGGGUGACAAGGACACAGCGUCAAUUUGAGUGGGUGUCAGACAUCAUCAGGGAGGUGGAGGAGAUGGAUGCGCUGGAGCUGGUGUCAGUCCACACUUACAUCACUCAGGUGGCAGAGAAGUUUGACCUCAGGACUACCAUGCUGUACGUGUGCGAGCGUCACUUUCAGAAAGUCUGGAACCGCAGUCUUUUCACCGGCCUUCGCUCCGUCACUCAUUUUGGACGCCCGCCCUUCGUGUCCUUUUUCAGUUCUCUGCAGGAGGUUCACCCGGAGGUGUGUAAAGUUGGUGUCUUCAGUUGUGGACCACCUGGACUCACCAAAAACGUGGAGAAGGCCUGUCAACAGAUGAACAAGAGGGACCAGGCCCGUUUCAUGCAUCACUUUGAGAAUUUCUGAGAGUAAGGGGUCAAAUAAAAAUCAUAUACGGUAUAUCGACUAGAAAACAGUGGAAAUGAAUAUGACAGAGUAGAAGGUAUUUUCUUAAUCCACGUCUUAAACAAACUAUAGCAAUCAUUUGCCGACAGCAACUUGAGUCACACAGGAAGUGCUACUUGAAUAAAAAGGGAACAACAUUGUCUAUAACAAGAUCAUAGAUUAAUAUUGUUUGUUUUUUUAAUCCAUAACCUAGAUUCUAUUUCUAAGAGAAAAGAAUAAUAACGGAACAAAAUUAAGAGUAUUAACAUUUGCUUGAUUUUUCAGUUUUAGAUUAUGUUCUGCCUUCAUUGGUUGUGAUCACAGGAACUCUAGAAGUGUAUUUGCAGUGCAUCAAAGAUUAAAUAAAAUGUGCGCUGUGUAAUCUUAUUCAUUUCUUAUGUUACGGUUUUUCAACUGUCCAAAAAAAAUUGUUUUCUUUAGAGCCCCUGGUCCUAGUUGGAUAUUUGGUGGGUUUUACAUUCUGGAAGUAAAAAAAAAAAAAGAGUAUGUUUUGUUAGAUGAUUGUUGUAACUUGAUGGUCCUGGCUGUGUUAUAGAAAGGCCACAUGCAACCCAGGAGACAGGUGGUGAUAACAAAAAAUGACAGACUUUAAUUAUUUACCGCCGUCGGAAGCUCUCAAAAACAGAGCAGGAAAUCAGGUGACCCAAAAAAAGACAGAAGCUGGGACAAAAGUGAGUGUAUUGUGUGUGUGUGUGUGUGUGUUCUACUGUUGCUGUCAAAUCGGUGCCUCCAUUGACCCUCCGCCAUAAUGAAGGUGAAGGUCGGGUCAA